CACCGAUCCAAGAACGACAAAUCCAAGAAGGAAAGGAAGAAAUGAGUCUCAAGAUCAGUUUCGUCCUUCUGUUGCUGGGUCUGGCCCUGUCCCAGGCAGUCCCCACGGCGAAGAUUGAAAAAUCGUUGGAGAAGGAGGAUCUGAAGAUCGAGGAGGGCGGGGAGGAUCAGGACAGGUCGAAGAAGUCGAUAGUCUGCCUGGACUCGGCGAGCCUGCUUCCUCAACAGCAGACCUACAGCAUUCAGGCGGCCCCCCAACCCCCCGUACAAACGUUCAACAUCCAGCCAGUACCGCAACGCAUUCAAACGUUGAACAUCCAAGCUGUUCCACAACCCGUCCAGACCCUCAACAUCCAGCCUGUUCCCUCCCCGAUCCAGACGUUGAGCGUGAUCCAGCCGCCGAUCCAACCCCAGGCCUCUUUGAAGGUGGUCCAACCCCCUCAGCCCCCUUGCCCCCCCGCCCAAACGAACGUGAACAUCAUCCAGCCACCGAAGGAGGAGAAAACUGCGAAGCCAAUUGUCGAGACGGUGGUCGAGAAGGAGAAGAUCGUGAAGCCUGAGCCCAAGCCGGAAAAAAUGAUCGUGACGAAGGUGGAGAAGGAGGUGGUGCCUGUGAUGCCAGUAUUCGAGGAGCACAUGGUCGUGGUCCCGCAGAAGCCUGUCGUGAUGGUGGCCGAGCAGGAACCGAUGGCCACCUUCGUCAAGGUGCCUCAUUGCCAUCACUGUCAACAGUCCGUGAUGCAGUGCAGCUGCAAGCAACAAGGCGUGCCCAGUCUGGGCUCCACGGUGAUGGUCGAGCCGUCCAUACGCGUGAUGGGCAUGAAGGAACGAUCCAUGGGCAGGCACAUGAUGACGCCAUCGCACCAUCAUUAUCGUGGCCUCGAGCGUCUCUGAUGUGGAAGGAUCCAGAGAGAUGGGAGGAUAUCGAAGCUGGACUUAGUUAAUAGUAAAUGUAAUCGAAAAUAUAUAAAUGUGAAAAAUAUGAAUAAAAUUCGAUGAAAAUAUA